UAGAUGUUCUAGAUACCCAAAACCCGCCAUUAGCACCAUCGCAAGGCGGAGUUUUUCUGGAGCAGCACUUGGGACUCUUCGGUUAGUUGUCGAUUAAACUCCGAGCCAACUGGCCGUGCGGUGUGUGCUAGAAAAACGAGGAUUCGGAACAAGUGUAUUCAAGUGCCAAGCGGAUAAUGUCAGCCUACGAGGAAAUGUCGGCGAAGACGCCACGGCGUCUUUCACCCAUGUGGUUUCUGGUGCUCACCCUGCUUCUAUUUGCGACCGCUCUGACGGCCGUGGCAAUGAUCGAAGCUGGACGGGCGCAGAGCAACUCCGGUGGAGAAAGCGAUCUCCUGAUUCUCACACGCAUGUGGAAUCACUUCAAAGGCGACGCCGGAAAUGAUACGGAAAUCGCCACCGUGGAACGUAUUGCCAGGGAGGCCGGAAAUGCAACUAAUCCCAGUCCAAAUAAGCCGGAGCAGGGUAGAAACUUCUACGAGGAGCAGCAGGCGGUGGUGGUGAAUGCGCAGAGCAUGGAUCCCGUCAUGGGACAACGUCAGGAUGCCUACGGUCCACCCCAGAGCAGGGAGGACUCUUACGACCAGGAUCCUUACUACGAUGUUGCCGAUGACUACGGCCCGGGACGUUAUCCGUAUCCCGAGGCCAGACAGGACUCGGCGGAGGAGGAACACUUUUAUGAUAAGGACGACUCGUCGGCGAAUCCAGAUGAGGGCAGGGCGUCGCAGGCACGUCCCUACGACUCAUUCUACGCCCCCUGGUCACAUGGACAGAAGCCAGCUCCAGUGGCUACUCAUUCUGCAGCUGAGGGCAAUAAUAGGAAGCUCCAGCCAGGUCCUAAUAGAUCUCCUUAUCCCGCCUACGAUGAGGUGUACGAUUAUCCCAUGGGCUUCCAGCCGCGACCUCAUCCGGAAACUGAGUUGGCCAAGCAAUCUCAGCCCGCCCCCGAUAAUGCAGUGGUCCAAGUACAGAGCGAAUCCACCCUGGUCACCGUGCUGAAGAGUCUCAAACAGAUCUGGGAUCUGUACCAGGCUUUAAUGGGUGCCUGGAACGCGGUGAGCGAACGCCACCAGCAGAGCACCGAGAAGUUCCGCCAGGAGCAGGCGGCGAAGCAGGCCGAGAAGGAUCGACUGCGCCAGCAGCAGCAGAAGACCAGGAUUAACUCCAAGAAGCCUCCACGUAUGGAGGGGAACAAAAAGAACCAGAACAAGAAGCCAACCACAACGACAACUAAGUCAACAACCACGUCCACGACGACACCUGCUCCAGAUAGCUCUGAGGAGGAGGAGGAGGAGGAAGAGAAGGAAAAGCAGCCACCGAAGAAGGUGGAGAAAGUUGAGACUGUAACGCCAUCGGCUCCAUCCACUAAAGUUGCUGCUCUCAAAGGGGAGAAGGGCAAUCUUAGAUCUGUUCGCGGACUACGACAUAGACGCGAUGCCGAGGCGGAGGAGAAAGCUGAUACGGAUGUGGGCGAGGGUCGCUAUAUAAAGGGCGAUCCCCUCAAGGGUUACUACGAUUUCGUCAUCACAGAGGGAUCCUACAAGUUCUGGGCCGUCUUUCAGGUGGGCACAGCACUGCUGAUCAUCUACUCGACGUUCGCCGCCAUUUACUACUCCAAGGUAAAUCCGCUGACCAGUGACUACGACUACACGGACUAUCUGGGAGGUGUUCGUUCUCUGUCGGGUGGCGAUGCCGAUUUUGUGGACGAUGGCGAUUCAUCGACGCCGCCAGUCUCAACCACCUCCCGCCUCAUGGAGUGGCUGCCACAGACGGCGCACUCCAUUAAGUUCAUCCUAGAUGCCAUCGACAAGGUGCCACUGGAUCACGACAAGGACAAGGAGCCGGGCUGGUCCGCGGGGAAAACGGACGCGGCAAGGGGCAUGAGAUAGGGAACUGAAUUCUAUAGGCAAUAUUUGUUAAAGAAAAUAUAAAACUGUUGAAGAUAAA